AUGCUCCACCGGAGCGCAGUGACGCCGACCUCCGACUCCACCCAAAAUUUCCAGCUUUCGGGCUUCAUCCCACCUGCCACAAGCAGCGGCAUCGACACAACGCCUCCAUCGCCUCAAUUGCAAGAUCCCGAGACACUCUCCGUCGAAAAGCAAGCCGCGAUCAUGGCUACCUCAAAGGGCCUCCCCCGCGAUACCUUCGCCAAGCUCUCACCGCACCCUUUCCUCCUCGCCAACCUCCAACCGCCCGCGCCCGCAAACGCAGCUCGUAGCAACGGCCGCCGUCCCGACGAGGCCCGUAUCCCCAACAUCAACACAUCCUCCCUCACCCACACCAACGGCAGUGCUGUCGUCCGCACUGGAGACACGACUGUCAUCUGUGGCGUCCGCGCCGAGACCGUUCUCGCCUCCGACAUUCCCAACUUUCGCCGCCACAACGCCCUCACGACGACCGAGACAGACGGCGCCGCUGAGCUGAAGGACUACGACCUGCUCGUGCCCAACAUCGAGCUCGCCACCGGCUGCGCGCCUCAAUUCCUCCCAGGAGUUCCCCCUACCACAUUGGCGCAGACGCUCAGCACAAGAAUCUACUCCCUGCUGCACUCGGCCAAGCUCGUCGACGCAGACGACUUGAGGAUAUGGUAUACCCGGCCCGCCGAGAACGCCGCCGCGGAGGACGAUGAGGACAAGAUGGAGGAGGAUGACGAGAAGGUAGAGGGCGAGAAGGUAGAGGGCGAGAAGGCUGUGAUUGCAUACUGGGUGCUCUACAUCGACAUCUUCUUCAUCUCCUUCGACGGCAACCCCUUCGACGUCGCCUGGGCCGCCGUCCUCGCCGCACUUCGCGACACGACCAUCCCCAUCGCCCGAUGGGACCCCGACCGCGAGAUGGUCAUCUGCUCCCGCGACGAGCCCAAGCCCCUCACGCUCCACGGAUUCCCCGUCGCCUGCACGGCGGGCGUGUUCGCCAGCAAGGAGACGACGAACCAGCCCGCGGCAGGCAAGUUCUGGACUUUGGUGGACCCGGAUAGCUUGGAGGAGGGACUCUGCGACGAGACGAUCACGGCGGUGGUGGAUCGCACCGAAGGGGAGACCAAGGUCAUUUCGAUAUCGAAGCACGGUGGUACGACGCUGCAGCCGCAGCUCAUAAGGGAGUUUGUGGGCGUUGCGGAGCGGAGAUGGGAGGAGAUCCAGAAGGCCAUGGCAUGA